AAAAAAAAAAAAAACCGUGAGGAGGUCGGACGAGGAUCCGUGUUCCCCACAGUUUACACAUCGAUAUAAUGGAUUUUGAACUUGAUCAUCAGACCGAAGAUGAACGCGAGACACGCGUCAAUGAAGAAUACAGACUGUGGAAAAAGAAUUCACCUUUUCUGUACGAUACCCUAAUCAGUCACUCCUUAGUAUGGCCCAGUUUGACCUGUCAAUGGUUUCCAGACGUAGAAAAACGUCCCGAUAAGAAUUACAAAGUUCAACGAUUACUUAUUGGCACCCACACCAACGAUGAGGAACCCAAUUACCUGGAAAUCGCGUCGGUGCAACUUCCCAGUCACCCCGAAGAAAUCGAUAUGCGCAAAUACGAAGAUACAACCAAUGAAAUUGGAGGAUACGGUGCGAACAAUGAUACACAGAUCAAAAUUACCCAAAAAAUCGUCCACGAAGGAGAAGUCAAUCGAGCUCGAUAUCAAUAUGAAAACCCAAAUGUGAUUGCUACAAAAGCAAGGACAGGCGACGUUUACGUAUUUGAUCGAACCAUGCACGAAUCUUUUCCUAAAGAAAACGAACGCUUCAAUCCCGAUCUAAAGCUCAAUGGACACACCAGGGAAGGUUAUGGAUUAUCAUGGAAUCCCCAUCACAACAUGUCAAGUCAUAUUAUUAGUGCCGGUUUUGAUGGCAAAAUUUGUCAAUGGGAUAUUGGUGCAGCGCAUAAAGAACAUCGUGUCCUGGAUCCUCUGUGCACUUACACGGGGCAUUCGUCCGGUAUCGAGGAUAUUGCAUGGCAUCUUCAACAUGAGUGGAUGUUUGGAUCUGUGGGCGACGACAAACGAUUAAUGAUCUGGGAUACACGAAGAGGCAAUUCGGCCAUUCACAGUACGAUUGCGCACCGUGCAGAGACGAAUUGCAUUGAUUUUUGUCCCGGCAGUGAAUGGAUUUUGGCCACGGCGUCGGGGGACAGUACGGCUGCAUUAUGGGAUUUACGGAAUCUCAAAGUGAAACUGCAUUCCCUGGAAGGCCAUCGCGAAGAGGUGUUCCAGCUUGCAUGGUCACCGCAUCAUGCAACGAUUUUAGCCACCGCGAGUAGCGAUCGACGCAUCCUCGUUUGGGAUACAGCCAGGAUCGGGGAUGAACAAACACCUGAAGAAGCAGCUGACGGUCCACCCGAAUUACUGUUUGUUCACGGUGGGCAUACCAACAAGGUAUCUGAUUUUGCCUGGAAUCCUGUAGAGCCAUGGAUGCUGUGCAGCGCAGCCGAAGAUAAUAUUCUUCAAGUAUGGCAAAUGGCAAGCACGAUUUACGGACAAGAAGAAGCCGAGAGUGAAGGACAGGGUUGUGAUGACACAAUGGAACAAUAAAUUUGAUCGCAUGGCCUUGUCUUAUCUCACAGAACUACAGGCAUUCUUAAUGUGGAAAAUUCGACGCCGUGGGUCAUCUGUCAAUCUUUUUUUUUUUUUUUUU